GGAUUAGCAAGCGCGCACACUCAUUUAGGGUUAGGAUGCAUAGAACGCUGAACGCAACAAGCAGCAUAGUGAGUGCAUUAGUUUUCAAACUCUAAAAAUGAGUAGCCGAUCUAAAAAAAUUGUAGAAUUGGCCCUUCAGAUGGAGGAGCAUACAGAUGAUGAAAGCGAUUCGGAUCCUUUCAGUGCAGUUGAUUCCGAUUUGGAUCCUAUGUUUCUGCCAUCUAGUAAUGACGAACUAUCUGAUAGCUCUGACAUAUCUCUUACGGAAAUAAUAGGACAGAAAAAGAAAUUUACAAAAACGACAGGGGAAAGACCAGAACAAGUAUACAAUUUUGAGAAUCAACCGUGCUGUUCAAAAUCACUUCCAGUGGCCGAAUUUCAAGAAGCUGGGGUACAAAAUGAAGACGGGACACAGAAUCUCAAUGUUUCAUCGACUGAAACUGGAGACAAUCUUGAAAACGUGUUAGAUGAGGAAGAAGCUGCUGACCAGAAUGAACACACUUGGAGAGAGCCUGUGGGCAAUCACCAAGUGUUUGAUUAUUCUGCCGAAAGCGGUUUACACGCAGGUUAUGCUGCAGUUCUUAUCAACAAUUUAUCUCCAUACAGCUGCUUUCGUUUUUUGUCGAUGAUGAAAUCAUAA